CCCCAUGCCUUACCCUUCAUCUACCAACUCCCUCCACCAGACCAUCACUGCAAUCUCAUUUCGUCAUACCAGUCCAAAGACACCAACCUUCCUACGGGUGUGCUUGGAAGCGGGCACACUCCAGACACCAACUCUGAUUGGAAAAUGUCAGACCGUAAAUUUGAUCAUCUACAGUACCAACACCAAACCGAGGGGUUUGACGAAUCACUCUCGUACCUGAAAACUAAGGUUUCUGAAGGAGGGCCGUUUGACGGGAUCUUGGGGUUCUCACAAGGAGCUGCAAUGGCUGCUUUACUCUGUGCACAAAAGGAGAAGUUAAAAGGAGAAAUAGAUUUCAGGCAGCGGUCCAUCGAGAAGAUAUGCAUAAUGGUUCCAGAGCUGGUUUGCAAGGUGACAGUGGAGUAGAGUGUGAUUACGUCCAUCUUCAGCAUUCAAGCAGAUUUGACAAAUUCCUCUAAUGGGAAUGGAGAUAGCUCGAUAGUUUUCAGUGAAAGGUUGCCCAGAGACCUUGUUUUGUGUUGACCUUCCACCAUAGCUUGUAUGAGAAUGCUUCUUGGAUAUGAUGCAAGUUGCGUAUUCCCAAUCCCCCCUGGUCUGUUGGAAGACAAAUGGCAUCCCAAUGAACCCAAUGAUGUUUGUCUGGUAGAGUGUGAACAACUAGAGUGUGGAGCUUGGAUAUUAUGGAUUCUGGUGGAGCUUGGACAUUCGUUGGUGGAGCUUGACAUUCGUUGGUGGAGCUUGGAUAUUAUGGAUUCUGGUAGAGUGUGAACAACUAGAGUGUGGAGUGGAAUGGAGGAAAGAACAUGUUUAAUAAGUAUGAGUCUCCCCAUAGGAUUGAGGACCUUGCAAUACCAGGAAUUGAGGAAACUGUGGAAGUGGGCAAGUAGCUGGCUGCAGUGGUCUUUCUUGAGUUUUCCUUUGCAUAUGGUGGCACCAAGAUAUGUAAAAGGUGUGCUCCCUUGUUUCAUCCCAAGAGCUUUCUCAAUUGCCAUGAUAGAGGGUAAUCGAGCAUGCUUCCCACAGUAAAAUUUACUCUUGGUGAAGUUUAUCACCUGCCCGGAUGCCAAAAGGUAUGUUUGAAGAAUGCCUUUUAGCCUUAGCACAUUUCUGAAGUGACCAUUGCUGAAAAGAAUGAGGUCGUCUGCAUAAGCAAAGAUGGCUUAGCAGAGGCACCUUACCCGCAUUAAAAGGGCAAAGAAAAGAAGUACUAAUGUAAUGGUUAAGAGUUCUUGUGAAUCCUUCCAUGGCCAGGAUGUAAAGAAUGGGGGAGAGGGGGUCUCCUUGCUUGAUUCCCCUCUCCAUGGGGAAGAACCCUGCGUGCUACCCAUUAAUGAAAAUGGAAAAGGAGG